UUAUGUGCUGGAAAGAAAAUAUUAAUGUAACGCGCUGUCUGUAUUUAAGCCGUUGUCGAACUGUGAUUUGUAAGCAUUCCUGGUUUAUUUUAGACUGGCUGUUGUUAAGUUAAUUUGCAUUAGAACAAGCUGUAUAACAUUCUUCUCUACCACUUUGAUAAUAUUAUCGAACUUGCCCUUAUUAAUGAUGUCAGUGUACACCGGCCAAAUACCUCACUGAUAUAACAAGCCUUUGAGGUUUGCUCACGUGACUCGUGUAGAUGAUGGGCAGAAUGAGCUGCACAGGGAGAGCAGGAGGACGCGUUCGGACAGCUCCCUGCUGGAAUUCACAGCGCUGUUGUGGAAGAGCAGUUUACAAUAUCUUUAAACUGUCGCUACAAUAGCAGUUUUUUCAACUUUUAUCCAGCAUUAAUACGCCUGCUAAGGAAAUUUUCAACUGCUUGAUAUGGAUUUCACUUACACUAUGCACAGGUUGUGCAGAUAAUUCCUGAUUGGUUGACAGCUUGUUAUAGCCUCAGGAUUGGAGUCCACUGAUUAUUUUAUUUUGCACCCUGGUACCAUGGAGGAGCCGGAGUAGGACAAACACAGUUCUCUAUUAUCGAUGAUAAAUGAAACGAAAUGUGGAACUGCAGCUAAUUGCUGGUCUGCAUAUCCUGAACUAGGGUUAAAAAAAGUAUCAUUAUUGGCAGUAUUUGGGGUUUUAAGGGGUUUUGGAAGAAAGCAAGCUGGAGAUGCUGAAGGAGGAAUGCAAGGCACUGCUGGAUGCUCUGAACAAGGUAACUGCAUGCUACAGGCAUCUGGUGCUCACCAUAGGUGGCACAUCAGACUCACAAAACCUUCGGGAAGAAUUGAAGAAGACCAGGCAGAAAGCACAAGAACUAGCUGUGGCCAACAGAAACAAACUUACCAGCACUCUCAAAGACCAUAGAUUAACCAAAGAAGACAAGGCUGAAUUUGAGAGGCUAUGGGUUAUUUUCACUACCUGCAUGGACAUUCUGGAAACAGAUAUGAGGCGAGCUCUGGUGCUAGGUCAGGAAUUUCCUCUUAACAUCCCCAAGAAACACCUUAUUCAGACUGGCAUGAGUGGUGGAACCUCUGGUGUGGCUGCCAGGGCUAUGAGUGUGCAGAACAUGAGAUAUGAUGCUGAGCACAAUAUAGAUGUGAUGGACCUCAAGGACCUAGAGGAUGAGAUCAAUCUUAUGGAUGAAAUGAUGUAUGAAAUGGAAAUGAAGGUCAAUGUACCUCAGUGGACUGUGGAAGCUAAACAGGAUCCAGGAGCUGAACUUAAAUCCACUAUGAGUGCUGGGGCUUCUCCUGGGAUUAUUUCCCUGGAUGAUCAUAAAUCUAUAUGUGACCUCAACAAAGUUUUAGCUGGGGUGGUUUUCAGUGCAGUUCUUAUUAUUGCUAUAAUACUGGCAGUUUGUGUAGUAAAACUCUCUUAAUGAGAAUAUUUAUGCUGCUAACUAUGUUUAAUAAUUUUUGGGUUUGGUGCAGAUCAUAAUUCUUCCUUUUUAAUUAAACUAUCUGCUUCCUAGGCAGAAAUCAUGCGUCUAUUUUGAUGGAUUUUGGGGUAUAUUUUUAUUUGAUUUAUGUUUUAUGCAAAGGUUUUCUGCAGAUCGAUUACAAAUGUUCUUUUCUUGUAUAAUAUUGGCAUAAAAAUAUGCCUUAUUCAUUCACUCCACUGGGUUAUUUUAAACUUAGCAAUUUCUGCCUGCAGCAUAUUGCACAUUGUAUUGGUGCAAAAUUUGUAUAUGCUUGUCUCUUUUUAUACUGGCAAUGCAGUAUGAUUAGUGCUACCUCACUUUUAUGACAAGUUUUCAGUAUUAACAAAGAAGCAGAGUUUUGCAUUUGGUGGCAAAGAUACAAAAUGAUGCAUUCAGCACAUAGUACAUCAAACAUGUGAAAGAAUUGAAGCUUGCAGGAUUCAGUCAUAUAAUACCCUCUGCCAACACACAUUUAUUAGUUUUAAACAUAUCUGUAAAGUACUGAUUUUGAACAUUUUGAUGCCAGAGGUAGUGCAAGGCACUGGUUAGCAGUUUGUUGGUUGCUGCUUCUAACAUUCUAAAGGCUGAUGAAAAAGAAGAAAAGCACACGCUGUCUGACUUUAUUAGUGGCAGUAAUGUGAUUAUCAAUAUUCCAAUUCUAUCUACUAUGGCACUUUGAUUAAUACAUUGUUUUUGACUGAAGUUCAGUUCAAAAGUCAGAUUAACCAUUGUAGGUUUUAUAGCCUGUCUGCAUUCAUUCUUCCUUGAAGUCUUCCUAUAAGCAUGCCCCACUUAUUAUUCAUAAUAGUCUUAUAUGAAUAGGCUUAGAGCAGCAGUUGUGCAGACCUUUGUUGCCAUGCUGAACAGCUUCAGGGCUACACACUACACACAGGCUUUUUUUGUGUGUUCUAAAGCGCAUUUGAGACAGAGAUUUGUACACUUACUGAUUCUGUUUUAUUCUGCCUGAUUAUGCCUAAGAUUCAUGUCUGUGUUGUAGAAAACUAUUUUUUAAAUAAUAUGCUGCAUUUUAUGUAUUGGAACACUUUCAUAAUAUAUUUAAAAUAGAGAAAUGCUUGCUGAACAUAACACAUAUACGUGGAUUUUAGUAGCUUGCAUUUCAUUUAAACACCAUUGUAUAAGUGCCCUUAAGCAUUUCAGUAAGGGGCCAUAUCAUCAAAGGUUUCUGUUUGCAUUGGCGUAAUUAAUUUCCUGUUCAUUUGAGUAUUAUAUAUAUUAAAAGAAUAAAAGCAUAUCAGGUCUCCAAUCUAAUCUCUGAUUUUCAGCAUUGGUAUGGACAUCUCCCUGUCUGAGGGCCAAGCUGUGCUCUGGUUAAGUAAUAUAUUUAUGCCCUAUGAGAGGAUUGAGUCUGCCACUUGUAUUUAACUGAGGCUACUUUGAAAUUUAAUGCAGGGAAUGCAUAUAUAGUGCAUCUUAAUCUGCAUAUCAAUGUGUUGAAUAUGGAUAUUGUAUCGCUGUAUAGAUUAUCUUCUGUUUGUGUUAUACACCAUUUCUGUACAGUAAGCUUGCUGUUUUAUGAAAAAAUAUAAAGUAGCCUUAUUUGUAAUGCAUGGGCGAUGCAGCACUGUAAUGUUGGGAGUAUUACUCAUGACUAUAGCAUCACUUAAAACUUGUAUAUAAGUCUACAAGUUUCUACAAGUUUCUACAGUAUCUAAUUUGAUCUAGAUUGAUGAUGUACACAUCCUAGGCCCACUGCUCCUUAAGGAGUUCUUUUCCAUCAUACAGUGUAGGUUUUAAAAUACUUUUACUGGAUCCCAGGUGGAUUGAUAAACACAAGAGCUGGAUCAAUCAGAAUUACUUACUGGGUCUCCCUGGUCCUCCUAAAAUCUGCGCUGUAAGGUGGUUAUGAUUUGAAAACACUACAAUGCAGCAGCAGCUAUUAUGAUGCAUUUCAUGUUUGGCAAGUAAAUUGAAUAUAUCUACCUCUAUUUACAGUACGUAUGUGCAGGCCAGACUAAAAAAUAGGUUGAAUAUAAUUUUUGGUCUAUUGCUUAGCACUAUGCAAGGCUGAAAGCUGCACAGGCACAGUAACCCAUAGAGACCAAUCCAUUAUUUGCUUUUUAUUGACUGUCUUGCAUUUGAUCUGUCAAAACCAAUUGCUUAUUGGUUGUAUUGGUGGAAUUGUACACCUAGUGAAUGGAAGUGAAUGCUUGCCAAUAUUUAAACCUUCUCAGUCUAGCUUGUUACAUUAAAACUAAUGUCAAACUGAUAACGUACAGAUGAUACAGUCAGGUUGUAUUGUUUUGGAUCAAGUAGAUGAUCAUCUCUCCCAUAGAAAGCAGGUACCUGUACUUCUAUUUCUAACCUGGUACAAGUAGCUGCUACUAAAUUACUAAAUGGCAUGUUAUUUUAAGGUGACAGUAAUGCUUCAAAUGUUUUCUUGUUUUUAAACAAUUUUCAUAUUCUACAGUAGAUUUAUCAGAGGUUGAGGUUUUUCCUCUACUCAAUUUCAACUAAAAAUCAUGUUUUUCCCCACAGGACAAUAUUUUUUUACAUCCAUGAAAAGAAGGAAAACAUUUCCUCCUUUUAAUGCCAGUGGCAGUGGCCACUAGCAGUCCAGUUGAAUAUAUCGAUCCUGUUUAUAUCCUAUAAAUCAGACCCUUAUUUUUCAAACACUAAUAUUCAAUUAACAUAUCUUUCCACAUACCUUAUAAAUGAAAUUUGUGUUCUAGUUCAGUUUUUUGAGGGAAAUGUGUUUAUGAACUCCUUUUCUUUGUUCUAAAGAUACAAAGAAAAUCUAUAGAAAAUAGUUUUUCUAUAAUAGUUAAAAACCAAGAGAUUAUAUUUAAAAAUGUGAACACAGACCUAUGGAGACUAUGGUAAUAUUACAAAUAAUGUAUCACACACAGCACUUUAUCAGUACAACCUUCCCUUGGAAUGCCUAUAACUGUUGUGUAUUGCUUCACAUUAUAUUUAGUGGCAGUUGGUACACGAGGGUGAUAAAGUGUGGAUAUGCAAAUGGAAAUGUUUGUGCUAAUAACACCCAUGUAAAUGCUUGUGGGGAUUCCUAUUGGUUAUAAUUUAAAGUUAUUUGCAUCACUUCUUGUUGGUUUAUUGAUGCAUACUUUCUUAAGAAAAAACAUGCAAAGUAUACCUUAUUAUGUAAGGCUUUGAAUUCUGUGCCAAUGGACCGAACAAUAUUGCCAUACAAGAUUUCAACCUUAAAAGAUAGAGGAGUGUGUUCUUCAAUCAGGUUGUUGUGAGUUGUCAGGAUUGUUUUUUGUUUGUAUUUGCCUUUAUAUUAAGAUGGCCAUACAUGUUCAGAUUUAGUCUUCUUCCGACAAAUGUUAGAAUAUUGAUUGUACAUUUAAAUGCAACAAUCUGAAACUAACAUUUAGACUGAAAUUGUCUAAAAUAACAAAUCGGAGGAUGUUCUGAACAUAUAAAAAUUGCCAGACACCAAUCGAACGGAAAUGACAUCCCAAAAAUGCAUUGUAGGUCCCCCGAGUCAGACACACAAUACAUGUGCAGAUUUUAUCGUUAUCCUACCAAAAUUUUCUAACCUGUCUGAUCGACUAAACAAAUGUUUGGCAUGGUGCAAAAAUUAUCUGGAUGAUAAUUCGGAACCAAUACAUGGUCUGAAAAUUGACCAGAACUAUGUUUUGUAUGAUUAUAUUGGUGCGUGUAUGGUCAGCUUUACUUUUGCUACUUGCUACUUUUAUUCUUGCUUCUACAUUGUUUUAAAAAUUCUAUUAUUUUGAUGGCAGGGACUGUUGCAAAGCUAUAUACUUUGAUUUAUUUUGUCGCUAUGAUAUGCCAUAUUGUAGAAUAGAACAGUUGUAGAGGAAUUGUUUUGACCACCCAUCUGCAGAGAGAAAUCUCCACAACUUUAAAAAUGAUAGGGAUGUCUCCAUAGAUUCAGAAGAGAACACACACAGGGGGCACAUUUAUCAACAAUCAUAUGUUCCUGUUUAAUCAUUUUGCAGAGUCUUGAGUAACCUUCAUUUUACAAUCAAUAAAUUCAUCUUAAAUUUCCUUGAAUCUGACUAUAUUUUAGAAAUAUCUCAAAUGAGUUCAUCUCGAUUGAGAAUACCACCCAGGUGGCAACCCUGAUUCCAAAUGAUUACAAUAUUAGCUUGUAUGAUAUGAGAUGGAGAGAUGAAUCAUUUGAUCUGUUAAUAUACAUUGUGUCAUUAAUCUCAAAAAUUGGGAUUUCAGGAUUGCAAAAACUCAAACUGCACAACAUUGCCAGACAACUCAUUCAGAAAACGAUGAAAAUGUUAUGAGUUUGUGUUAGCUUUAUUAAAUACUAGUCUCUGACCUCAAGCUUUGAUAAAUGUGCCCCAUGGUACUCACUUUACAAGUGGCAGAUUUAGAUCAGAACACUUCUCAGGUAGACAUCAUUUGCAUUGCACAUUGGGGCUCCAAGGUUGCCAUUAAUGCAACCAGCACGCUCAGGGUACAUUCUCUUUUUAUAUGUUUGGUAAGGUGAUGCAAGGUGCACAAAGGACCACCUUUGAUCCUUUUAUUGCACCCUAUUCCAUCACUGUACAUCUUUUCCAUGAAGAUGAUUUCUGUGCCACUCAGUAAACAGAAUUUUGUUUAAGAGGAAUGUUUUUAUAGUAAAUAAUUCAAACACUGCUGCUCAAUAAUUUAAUUCAUUCUCUCUCUCCUUCCCUUCUGACAAAAAAUAGCUGUUGUAAAAAGGUAAAGUAUUUUCCUGGCCUGGGGCUACUUCAGCUUAAACUUGUGCAAUGUCCUCACACUAAAAUAGGUGAAUUUGUCUGUGGUGCCAGUCAGUAUAGUAUGUUAAGUUUACUAAGCCACUGAUAUAACUAUUUAUGUGUAUAUGAAGAUAUACAGUACUUAGUAGGUGCAUCAACCCUGUUAGAGUAUAUAUCAAACAGCAAGUCAGUUCCUGUGCUCAGAAACCUGGCACAUGUUAAUAAUUAAUUAAUGCCAUAUUCAUUUUGCAGCACCUGUGUAUAUAUAUAUAUAUAUAUAUAUAUAAUGAAGAAGAAAUAUGUGCACAACCAUACCCUCAUGCUAUAUUAUAUUUUAAAUAAAUAAAUCAUAUUAAAAAUGUAAUAAAAUUGAAUUUAACCCUAUGUACAUCCAGGAUAUAUCUUAUUUAAAUUGUAUUAUUUUUUUUUUUUAAUGAUAUUUUUUCCUAUUUCCCAAUUUCCCAAUUUCUUUCUUUUCUCAUCUCAUUUCCAUACCCUUGUUACUGUAUUCUAUGGCACAUAAUUUCAGUAUAAAUGUGUUUGUUUUACUUUGGCCCUUGUUUUAUUGUUCUUUUUUACUAAUACCGAGAGUGGUUGUGUUUUGGUCUCAAAAUGCCAAAUGAUAUUGUAAUAUAUAUAUAUAAUUUCUAAAUCUUUUUGUUCUGUUUUGUUAGCGGACCUAAUAUGGCACAAAUCUUAACUAGUUUUCUUAAUUGUGCAAUCUAUUAUAGUAAAUAUAUGGUACAAAUAGGAUAAAGUUUUACCAAUUAAAGGUGAUUUUGGUAAUAUUUCUUGUGCAUGCAAAUGUUGCACUAAAAGUUUGAGCCAACAAGCAUCAGUCUAAUAUAUGUGGAAAGGUCAUUCUGCAUGUAGAAACCUGUAAAUUAAAUACUUUUGUAAUUAAUGACACCUUAUGUACCUCUUGGUUAUGUGUAUUUAUUUAAAUUAAUGUCAUCUUUCAGUCAGUGUUUCUCAAAAAAACAUAAAAAUCAUGGAUGGCUGUCAUGUACAAGAGCUAUUUAUUUUCUGCUGAACAUUGAAUACAGUUCAAUAAAUCUGAACAUAAGAUUUCA